CGUGCUAAGUAAGCAAACCAUUUUACUCAUAUUGAAUUCAAUUUUUUAUAUGGAUGUGAAUUGAAUAUGUUCUCUUUGACCAAAUUUUUAUUCAAAGCUCAGAUAUUAAAAUUAAAAAAUUUAUAUUCCGAAGUCUGGGCACGCAAAAUUACACUUACGUAAAACUCAGGCAUUUGAAUACAGAUUUAAAAAAACAUCGUAUAAGCUAUGAAAAAUCUUUUUUAAAAUAUAACUUCAAAACUGCCUACACGAUCCCGAUUACUAACAAAACUGCCAAUAAUUAUUCCUAUAUUCCCCUCCUCUAGCUUCCGCGCGAGUCUAGAGACAGCAAGCUUUAAGAAUUCAAUAACACACUAAUGUCAGUUAUUACGGUCGAUAUCGUACUGCGCAUAAACAAGCAACAAUAAACAUAUUUGUUUAAAUUAAAUAAUUAUAACUCUUCAAAAUAAAAUAUUGUUAUAUAAGAAGAUCCGAAGAUGAACAACAGUGAGACGUAUCAAACAAGUAUCAACUCUUUUGUAGGUACAAAAGCCCAAGAAAGUUCUUAUUAAUAACUGGAUAAUGAAUAGUAGUGACAUUAAAUAAGUCAAAAUGUCAGUUCAAAAUAAAGUAAAACUUCUGAGCCAGUUAAAAAAUUUACUAAACAAAUUUUUACGUGAUAAAAAUUAUAAAAUAAUAACAAAUAAAGAUUAUAUUGAGUUCUUUCAAAAUCUUUCUUAUGCACAAAAUGAAUUUGGAAAAAAGUAUUUAAAUUUUUAUGAAAAUCAAGAUUCAAGCAGUGUAAAAGUUUCUAUUAAAAAUAAUGAAUCUAUUCGUGAUGAAAUAAAACCCAAAAAUAUACUCAUCUGUGACAAAAAAGAUGAUCAACCAAAAACUGGAAUGUUGACUCCUCAAACUGGAACUUCAUCAGAACUGAAAGAUGCUUAUUAUUAUUUACCUCAAAUAAUCACAGAUUUAAUUAAGCCAAAAAUAAGUAGCAUUAACAAACAACCUCUUCCAAGUACAAUGCCCAAAUGGAAAACCAGUGUACAAAAUAAAAUCACUAAAAAUAGUAUAUUAUCUAGAACAAGACAUAUUUUAAACAGUAUUGUUACUGCAGAGUCAAAUUCUUCAAAAUGGAGACGAAUUGAAGAUUUACUUUAUCAUUUGGAACAGUUUCCAGAAGCACGUCAUUACGCUGUUAAAAGUGGUGCAGUUAGAAUUUUACUCAAAUCACAAAAUCUUACAAAGGAUCAACAAAUCAAAGCCACAAUCAAAGAAGCCUUAGCAGUUUUAGGUCAUGUAGAUUUUCUACCAGCUCGAGGAAUCAGAAUUUUAGCUAUUGAUGGUGGCGGAAUAAGAGGAGUCUUAGUUAUUGAAAUGCUGAAAAAAUUAGAACAGUUGACAGGGAAAAAAGUUCACGAAAUGUUUGAUUACAUUUGCGGUGUAAGCACUGGAGCUAUUUUGUCUGCAGUUUUAGCAGCCAUGGUUGAAGACACAAAACAAGGAGGCCACAAAAGAAAAUCAUUGGAUGAAAUUUCGGAGUUGUACAAAGAACUGAGCACUAGAAUUUUUACACAGAGUACUUUUAAAGGUACUAGCGGUUUAGUUUAUCGGCAAGCUUAUUAUGAUACCGCACUAUGGGAACAAAUGUUACAAGAACAAUUAGGUACUAGAGAUUUAAUAAAAACAACUCGAGAUCCAAUUGCUCCGAAGUUUUCAGUAGUAUCUGCUGUAGUUAAUCACGAACGUGUGAUGGCCUAUGUCUUUAGAAAUUAUGCCAUACCUAUUGGUGUGGAAAGUCAGUAUUUAGGUUCUUACAAGCACAAAUUAUGGGAAGCAGUAAGAGCUUCAGCAGCAGCUCCAAUAUAUUUUGAAGAAUUCAAAUGUGGUGGUUUUCUUCAUCAAGAUGGAGGUAUAAUGGUAAAUAAUCCUUGUGCUGUCGCUAUUCACGAAGCCAAACAAUUAUGGCCGAAUAGUCCAAUUCAAUGUGUCCUUUCAUUUGGAACUGGAAGAACACCGUUAAAUAUUAACAACUUUUCGGAUGAUAAGAUAGAAACGGCAGCAUCAAGUUGGAAAGAUAAAUUCUACAAAAUUCUUGACAGUGCUACUGACACAGAAGCCGUACAUAUUAUGUUGAAUGAUCUUUUACCGGACCACGCUUACUUCCGAUUCAAUCCUUAUCUAACGGAAAUGGUGACAAUGGUGGAAAUUCGCCCUGAUAAAAUUUCUCAGUUAGAGCAAGAUGCUCGAAUGUAUAUUCGCCGAAACGAAGAAAAGUUUCGACAAGCAGCUAAAGUUUUAACGCAGAAGAAAAAACUUUCUCAAAAAGUGAAAGAUUGGAUAAAAUGGAAAAAAACUACUCUUGGUAUUUAAUAUAUAGUCAUUAAUAGUCAUUGAUUUAAUAGAUGAAAUUUUAUUAUUUCUUAACAUCAAAGAAAUUUGAAUAAACUGUGAUAAUUUAUUUUAUAUUAAGUGAAUCUUUACUAUAAAUGCGUGUAUUGUACAAAGAACUGAAAUAAAAUA